AUGAAGGAAGAGUUAACUGCCAUGGAAAGUAAAAAAACAUGGUCGAUUGUUUCCUUACCCAAAGACCAUCAUUCAAUAGGUUGUAAAUGGGUAUAUAAGGUUAAACAUAAAGAUGAUGGGUCAAUAGAACAUUAUAAAACUCGAUUGGUAGCAUAUUACACUCAACAGGAAGAGUUAGAUUAUAUUGAAACGUUCUCUCCUGUCACCAAGCUUGUUACAGUGAAAGUUCUAUUGACUGUUACUGCCUCUCUCAAUUGGCUAUUGAUUCAACUAGAUGCCAACAAUGCAUUUCUACAUGGUGGCCUCUUUGAACAAGUAUACAUGGAUCUUCCUUUGGGAUAUAUACACAAUGUAGUUGCUAAUAAUGGAGAGCGUCUAGUUUAG